AUGUCAGAGAAUACUCAGACUGACUGUAAGCCAAUGACAGCCAAAAAUCAGAUAUCGCAAGUGAUGGCAGACAAGAAGACACCAUGGAAAUCCAUUUAUAUUUCUAUCGGUAUGCAGUUCAUAGUUGGAAUACAAAUCUCCCUAUACUUCAUGUCGAUGUGGCCAUAUCUGAGCACAUUGGAACCAAGAGUUUCAAUAGAAAUGCUUGGCUGGAUUGUUGCAGCCUGCAGUCUUGGAUGCUCCUUAGCUAAUCCUCUUUUCGGAUUAUGGAAUCAAAAAGCUCUCGCGGUUACGAAUCCUGUGGGUGUCGGAAUGGUAUUGGCUGCAAUAGGACAAUUGGCUUACGCUCUGCUACCAAGUUUCUCCGGAGGUAGAUUAUGGAUUAUGAUAAUCGCUCGUUUCGUCACAGGCUGUGGAGCUGGUUGUUUAUCUGUUCUUCGCGCUUAUUUGUCAAUGGCGUCACUGCCGUGCGACAGACUAAAAGCUAUCUCGUUCGGAACUGCAGGCUAUGUUCUUGGCCUCUCUCUUGGACCUGCUGUACAAGCUUGCUUCACACCCUUUGGUGAACAAGGUGUACAGUUUCUCUCUGUCCAACUAAACAUGUACACAUUACCCGGUUACUUCAUGGUUCUUCUUUCGUUUCUUUCCAUAUUAGUGAUGAAACUAUUUUUCAUCGAGGAAUAUGCUGGAAUUAUUGACAAGUCUACUCUAAAUGAAGACGAAAAAGUUUUCAUCCCGAAGUUCGAUGUCAUUCCGGCUCUCAUUUGCAUUUAUUUAUGGAUGGUUAUCAACAUGAUUGCUACCAACAUUGAAGUUAUUUCGACUCCUUGGACAGUAGCAAUGUAUUCAUGGAAUGAUAGCCAAGCAGUUACAUACAAUGCCAUCAUACAAGCUUGUUCCUGCAUUGUUUCUGUUGUAUUUAAUAUCAUUAUAGGUUAUACCAGAAUAGGAAAAAUAGAGAAGAGAUUGCAGAUUAUCUUUGGUCUGUCGUUCUUCCUUCUUUUCCAUAUCACAAACUAUCCUUGGCCAUUCUAUUCAGGCCCACUGGAUUUCAUUCCAGGUAACUCAACUGCUGAGAUUGGAGGUUGUAUGCCACAUUUCGAGUGGUGUCUACACACUGUCCGUGUUCCCGAAGUCAUUUAUAUCGUAGCUUACAUUUUGUUCUAUGGAUUGGCUUUCCCAUUUGUAACAUCUCCCUCAGGAACUCUAUUUUCUGAGAUUUUGGGACCACGAAAACAGGGCGGCAUGCAAGGAAUACAUUCCUUAGGAGGAAGCUUGGCACAAUUCAUUUCUCCAAUCAUUGCAACUGCUUUGUUCGAGAGGAGUGGUUACCAAUAUGUAAUGGUCACUCAACUGUGUACAGUUACACUAGCAACAAUACUGGUACUUGGAUUCUACCGAAGAUUAGUCCCACUUGAUCUCGACAAACAAAGCAAAAUUAAAGGCGAACCUUAG